AGUCUCCCGUCGGCUCGGCACAGCCCCGAGGUCGGGGCAGCGUGUCGGCGGGGGCAGGUGCGGCGGUUCCACGCUGCGCCGUGAGGCGGCGGCCGUGUCCGGGCUGCCCGUGGGCGUGCUCCCUGCGGGAGGGCCGCCCCGAGCCCACCCCCCCGCCGCCCAGCGUUCGUUCGCCUCCUUCCCCGAGAGCCGGUUCGGCGGCUGCCGCUCGCUGUCGGGCCGCUGCCCCCCGCCAUGAAGGGCCGUCGGCGGUGGUGCUGGCGGGGGGAGCACCGGCGCUUGGCGCUGCUGCUGGCGCUCUACACGCUGCUGCUGCUGCUGCUGGUGCCCUACGUGCUGGACUACGGAGCCAGGCGGGCGAGAGCGGACGAGGAGCCGCUGCUGCGGCGCUGCCCCAGCCUGGAGGAGGCGCUGAGCGAGUGGGGCUGGGAGCAGCGCCCGCCGCCGCCCGGAGACGACGAGGAGGAGGAGGAGGAGGCGACGGCGGCGGGGAACGGCAGCGGGGCGGGCAAGCGGCACAUCUACCUGCAUGCCACAUGGCGCACGGGCUCGUCGUUCCUGGGGGAGCUGUUCAACCAGCACCCCGACGUCUUCUACCUCUACGAGCCCAUGUGGCACCUGUGGCAGGCGCUGUACCCCGGAGACGCGCUGAGCCUGCAGGGCGCCCUGCGCGACAUGCUGCGCUCCCUCUUCCGCUGCGACUUCUCCGUGCUGCGCCUCUACGCCGCCCCGGCCGCCCCCCGCGACCCGCUGGGCGCCGCUCCGCCCGCCGCCAACCUGACCACGGCCGGCAUCUUCGGCUGGCGGACCAACAAGGUCAUCUGCUCGGCUCCGCUCUGCCCCGCCGCGCCGCUGCCCCGCCGGGAGAUCGGCCUGGUGGACGGCGCCGCCUGCGAGAGGCGCUGCCCGCCGCGGGCGCUGCGGGAGCUGGAGGCCGAGUGCCGCAAGUACCCGGUGGUGGUCAUCAAGGACGUGCGGCUGCUGGAGCUGGGCGCGCUGCUGCCGCUGCUGCGGGAGCCCGGCCUCAACCUGCGCGUGGUGCAGCUCUUCCGCGACCCCCGCGCCGUCCACAACUCUCGCCUGAAGGCCAAGCAGGCGCUGCUCCGCGAGAGCAUCCAGGUGCUGCGCAGCCGGCACCGCGCCGCCGAGCCCCGCGGGCCGCCCCGCCCGCAGCAGCCCCCGCUCCCGCCCGGCCUGGGGCUGCUGGGCGCCGGGCGGGCCCCCGCGCAGCACCGCGCCGAGCUGUUCCUCGGCGGAGCGCUGGAGGUGAUCUGCCAGGCGUGGCUCCGAGACCUGCUGCUGGCCCGCCGCAACCCCGCCGCCCUGCGCCGCCGCUACACGCAGCUCCGCUACGAGGACCUGGUGCGGGAGCCCCGAGCUCAGCUGCGCCGCCUGCUGCGCUUCGCCGGCCUGCCCGUGCCGCCCGCCAUGGAGGCGUUCGUAGUCAACAUGACCCGAGGUGCCGCCUACUCCUCCGAGCGACCUUUCCUCAUCUCCGCCCGCGACGCUCGGGAGGCCGUGCACGCAUGGAGGGAAAGGCUGAGCCGCCAGCAGGUGCGGCAGGUGGAGGCGGCGUGCGGCGAGGCCAUGAGCCUGCUCGCCUAUCCGCUCAGUGCCGGGGAGAGGCGGUAGGGGAUGGAUGGGGACCGUACGGCAGCGAGGGGCGAAGAGAGCGCCGAGAUGUGAGCACCUGAUCUGAAGGGGCGUUAAGGAUGGACGCCAAGCGUUGAGGGAACAGCAGGGAUGCUCUUCUAGGAGUUCUGAGGUGUUUCGUAGGGACACCUUCGUCGUCCUUGUGGGACGGCAUCAAGCUCCAAGGCCUAAUGGACGUGAAACUGAUGUACCAGCAGUUGUAAGUACUUAAAACUUGUAUCACUGAUAAAAACAGAGACUGCAGGCAUCACCCCUACCGGAGCAUCAAACACAUCUGGUUCUGUUGUAUCACUCUUACAACGCGUGAAGGAAGCAUCUGUGGGAGCUCCCUGUGGGAUCUGGCUGCCCACGCUGUGCCCAUGGCCUGGUUGCCCUCCAGCUGUGGGACAGGCACUGCCUGCACCUCCCUCAGCCCCCACCUGCAGCCCUGCCCUCAGAACACUACGUGAGCAUCUGUCUGCUUCUGUGUCUUGAGGACAUCAGUUCCAGAAAGUCUGCACUUUCCUGAAGUAGACUGUAAUAUUUUUUUAAAGCAAAGUGUUCUGAUACAUGUGAUACCGGUGGCAAAUGUGGGUUUUUUUGCAGAUUCCUAUAGGAGUGACUUUAUCUGGAAGGCUUGACAUUUCCAUUUUGUUUCCUGAAGCAGCUGAGGGAAUGCCUUUCUGUCCCUGCUUCCUGGCUCAGACAAUGAGCUGCACGGGGCUCCCGUGCUCACAUCCCCUCCCAGUGACAACAUCCUCUCAGCUGUAGCUCCUGCACGUGGACAGAGCAAAGGCUGCCACGCAAGGCUGGGCAAAUCCAGCCUGGCAAUAGAAGUCCCCAAGUCAAAAUCUAUAUUGAAGAGAACAAAAACCAACCCAACCAACCAAACUGCAGCAUAUCCUUAAGUUUCAUUUUGGAUGUUCAGGAGUGUUUUCCUGUAGACGUCCUGGGGCUUGUAUGAGGAGGGUGUGCAUGUGUGUGUAUAUGCAGGUAUCUUUUUACUGUUGCUUCCUUGGGGACAGGAGGUUGAAUAGUGAUUUGUGGGCACUCACUGUAACUUUCUAGGAUCUGCUCUUGGGUCUGUUCCAAUCUGACAGCAGCUAAAAGGCACCUUGGGAGUACACAAGGCUGUGGAGACGUUGCCAUGCGAUCCUCAAGCACGAAGUGAGAACAUGAGCUUCAGAUGGAGGAUAAUCCAGGCUCAGAACAAAGCCAUGCUUACAUAAAGUGCUAGAAAUGCAGGAUGCUUACAGGAGUUGCAUUGUCAUACAAGAAACAUUUGUACUGUGUUGUAGUUUUUCAUGCUUUGGGUAUUGCGCUGUACAACAUGCCAGUGUGUUAGGGCCAACCUUAAUUUAUUGUAGCUCGUUUCCUUCUGUGGCCUUCCCAGCCAAGAGCAGUGCCAUUAGCAUUGACACCGUCUCUGGGAACAAAUGCAGUCUGGAGCAUGCUUUGUGUGCUGCUCUGUGGUCAGCAAGUUGCAGUCUAGGAACCGUAUGAUACAGCUGUUCAGCACCCCCUUCACCUUGGUAAAGAACCUCAUUGUGCCAGCCCGGGAUGCAAGGGUGUGACACAAGGAGCUGUGGGAAACACGCCCUUAGGUUCUCUUUUACAGGUUCAUUAUGAGAAGUGAUGUUGGCCAGCCUAAAUUCAUGCUUAUUGCUGGAAAAAAUCCACUAAUUGCCAACUAUUCUGUGUUUUCUGAAGCAGUUCCCACACUUGACAGGUGCAUUUUCUGCAUCAGAACUUAUUUUUUUCUCCACAGAAGGUGUUUCCUGAUGUGAUUUCCCUUUGUCAGUGCUUCGUUCAGUUCCUUUCUCACCCCAAGCUGUUCUCUUAGGACCCGGUCUAGUUGUGUGUGUGUGUGUGUGUGUGUGUGUACCGUGAGAAGGGCUCUGUUCUGCAAAGCGUAUGAAAAUACAGCAAGUGCAAUUUCUGUUUUGUAUUUGGGGCGUGAGAGUUUAUGAGAAGGCCCCGUAAAACGAUCGGCAGGGAACAAACAAAACUGCAAAAUGAAGAAGUAGCAGCGAGAGUGCAGGAUGUGCAAGAGCACCAGGGGAUAGACAGCAAUUGCUCAAUGGCAGAUGUUGUGACUGCGGGCAGGACCUGCUGAAAUGCUCCUAUCCAGGAGAAAAGCUGAGGCUCACCACCUACUUUGCUCCUAAAGCACUGCGGUGGGUGCUGACAGCACAUCCUUGCUGGCCUGGUGGCCUGCACCUUGUAGGAAAAACACUGUAAUGUCAAACAACAGCAUCGGUCUGUGCCUGAAAGGACAGAAGGCUGGGAAUCAGUGCUGGGCCACAGAGCUUUAGUGGGUUUAGGCUGAGAUUUGGGAGCAGCCUAUGUUUGUGUCACGUUACAUGUAAUGACUUAACAGGUUUAAUCUGUUAAGGCGUAGUUGGAACUGGGAGCAAAACCAACAAAUGCUUACACUGUUAUUCCUGUCAGCUGGUUUUGCUUAACUUUUGAUCAUGGUGCGUUUGCCUUAAGGGAGGUAGAAACUUGAUAGUCCUCUAAUCGUAUGUAAAGUGCUGUGCUUUAAGUGCAGUAUUUCCGUGCUGGAAUUGCUAAUUGCUCCGUUACCACCUUCUAUCUGUACUCAAACUGCUGGCUGACAACUGCAGAGACACGUGUGUGAGAAGCGGUGGAAGUGCAGAGUGUAGAAGCACACAGCCCCUUGCAUUACUUGCACAUGCUGACACAGCGCUUGUAGAUCCCUACGCUGUGUGCUCACAUACUUUAGAUACAAUGGGAAAGUGUGGGACCUGAUCACAGAAUCACAGAAUUGUAGGGGUUGGAAGGGACCUCUAGAGAUCAUUGAGUCCAACCCCCCUGCCAAAGCAGGCUCCCUACACCACAUCACACAGGUAGGCGUCCAGGCGGGAUGUGCUGCCUGCAGUCAUGCUGUCUUGGUAUCUAACACCAUGCAAGUCUGGCUUCCAUUGCCAAGCUGUUGUGCCCUGCUGAUGAUCUGCACCUGGUGUAAAUGAACAGGAAUCAGGGCUUUCCCCGGUGCCCUCAAGUUUUUCUCCCUAUUUCUAACCGUCUAACUUUGACAAACCUUUUAUUUAGGCUGAAUCUUCUCUUGUUGGGCUCAAGGUUUAAUUCUCUUUGGGAAACUUAAUCCAGUGGAGUGCAUCUUCUUUGAAACCAGGGUUGGGAUGUGGUGGUGUUACACCCACACCCAGCUGCAAUCAGAGAUGGCUGUGCAAGGUUGUUUUGUCACGGUAGUGCUUUGGGAUGAGAACUCCAGUGUGGGCAGGGGGAAUGACUUCCAUGUAAGGGAUACACGCAUUGAGUUUUUACUGUUGCUGCUCUCAGUUGGCCAAAUGUUUGCAAAAAACCUGUUAGCAUGUGCUAGUAAAAGUGGUUUUUGUACGUUUAUGUGUCUUUAUUUUACACCAGAAAACAUCUGCAUUGAUCUCACCUUCAGUGAACGCUCUCAAACCUCUGUGUUCCCACAGAAAAGGCACAUGUGUGAUGGCAGUACCACACUCUGUGUCUUAGUUACCCGCUCUCAGGGUGAAUCAAUUCAGACUUUUAGUAGAUACAGAGAAAUAUCAAGUGUGGUAGAAGCCUUGGAGAAGACAGAGCUGUUCACGCCAUUUAGCCUGAAAGGAAAGGUGGAAGGAGGACAGCAGUGCACAGCAGAAUGAAUAUCAGUGAGGGGGAGAUGUAGUCAUGCCAUGGGCAACUUUGGCACGAGGACAGGAAUUUGUACGUGAGCAGUGAAUCACUUCAGCUUGGAAGCUGGAAGAACUGUGUGGUUCUGAAGCAGGUUCCAAAUGGAGCAGUUUGUUCUGGAAUACCCUGCAACAAUUUCACAUCAUUUAAGAAUUCUGGUUCUUUUGUCUUUGCCAGGAUUUGAGUACAGUGUACCAGAGCUGUACCAUAAAUGAAGGGGGGAGCAAAAGCCACAUCAUUAACUCGUUAAUUUUUGCCCUGCUUUCUCAGAAGACAGGAGCUGCCCCCAGCAGUCGGGAUGGCUGCUGGUAAAAGUGCUCUCUGCCAUCAGUUAGCGUCGUUUCUUGCCAUAAGUCUAUUUCUCCCUGUGGGUGCAGAAAACAGCCUGUCACCACUUCCUUCUGGAAACGUUGUUACUUCGCCUUAGCAGAAGCACAUAAUUAUAUGAUUGUUUAUUGUCUAUUACACAACAGCAACAACAACCACAAAAAAAAAAAAUUCCACGUUAAUCAGCUUUCAAGCUUAUUAGUUUUCCCGUUCAGGCUUCAGUUGUACCAUUCUAGUUCUGACAGAGCCCUCUGGGGUUCAUUCAUCCUGCGUUGAGCAGCUUCCAUGCUCCAUGUGACUCCUCCAAGCACUGCCUUAAUGCCACCGUAUCAGAUAGAUAGCCAGAUAAAUGGUUGUUUGGACAACAUUAAAUUCUUGUGUGAAAAGAGGUGUUUUCACCUACUUCUCGUGCCUUGAGUUGCUUCUUCCUGAUCGAGAGACUGCAGUUAUACUCCUGAGGAGCUUAGUAUGAAUUUCAUUUUCCAUCAUGAAGUGUAAAUUGGAGCCAUAGCUUGCAGUGAUUCUCAGUAAAUUCUUACCUGAA